UUUCAAUUGAUAAGACGGGGUUUUUCAAGCAUAUUGACGUUAUUUUUGUUUUUUACGUUGUUUUGAAGUUUCAGUCGUUAGGUAUUUCUCGAUUUAUUGUUAGUUGUCGGAUGAUUGAUGUUUUUACAUUUGGCGUUUUACUCAUUUUUACUCAAGUUGACAUUUUGUCCAUUCUUUCCCCAUUUUAUUUUUGUUUUCGUAACAUCCCCAAGUGGUUGUUUGUAAUAAGUAAAUUCGCUUCUUAAACAUGAAACAUCGUCGUAAACCUCAAACACCAUUUUUCAGAUGUAAUUCCUCGAGAUUAUCAAGAGUUUAUACUCGAAAACAUGUUCGUAUUGGCGAUAUUGUCCGCAUCACAGAUUCUACAGAUGGAGAGGAUUAUUUCGCCCAAAUAAUUCAAUUGAUAGUAGACGAAUAUUCUCAAGGAUUUGCGUUUGUUAUUUGGAUGGUUCCAAAGUUGGGAUAUAAUUUUAAGUCUUCGGAUCAGUUUGAUUUGUCAAAUUAUACUUCUUUUAUGGAAGAGGAAAAGCCAGUUCCUCUUAGUGCUUGUGAAUUCGAGUGUCAUUCUUUGCUACCAAAUUGGUCACCUGAAGACGAGGUUCGUGCGCAGUUUCGAAACGAAUUAAAGGAAAGAAUAGAGGCAAACAAAAGAGAAGGGAUUUUCUAA